AUGGUGAAAAAACAGAAGUCCGGACCGCCAGUUAGCGCGGGUCAGCGCCGAAAAGCGACCAAAAGGAUUCUGAAUCUUCGAAGGAAAGGGAAACUGAGUGAGGGUUUGGAAAAAGAGUUCGGAGAGUAUAGAAGGAAACGGACUUCCAAGCACGCCGAUCUUGCUAAUAGGGUAAGUUAAUAUUUUGCUUUUUAUUUUUGUUUUUAGGUGUCAGAACUUGAUGUCAUAUGAAUUAAUAGGUUUAAUAGGGUUUCGUGAUCAUGUUAUCGCUUUUGAUUGUUUUUAAGCUGUACUUUUGACCGAAUUUUUUAAAAUUGUCAUGGAUAACAUAACUUCAUAUGCAAUUGUGUUGUAGAUAGAAGAAGAUUGGCUGGCGGAUCGAGCAUUCCGAGAUCUCAAUGACGACAAUGAUGAUUUUGUCCCAUUGGACAUGAUAAACGAAUACGAGGAUAGGAAAGCAGCCAAAAGAAAAGCUGAAGGUAAGGGCAAGGAAAAAUUCGGUUUCUUCUGCAUUUUUUCGGGCGAAUACAAUAUAAAAUUUUUAGCCGAAGACGAUCUCGACGAGUUGAGGCAUUUCAAGGAAGUAGAGGAAGCCCAACAAGAGUUACUGCCGCUGAAAGUGAACGGAGAAGUUGUCAGGAGAUUGAAGAAAAAGGGAAAGAAGGUCGAAUUAGUAGAAGAUCAGAAACCCGAAGAACCGCAGCCCAAGCUGAAAAUCAUCGGAACCGAAGAGGAAGACAUGGAGGAGGACGAGGAAGAACCUGAAGGUAAAUAUUUUUAUAAAUUUGUUUGUCUAUUUUUAGAAGCCCCAAAAGAAGAAGAUUUGAGCCUAUUGGACCCAAUCGAUCGGCUUGUCCGAACCAAGGAAUUGAUGAAAGAGGCUGAAACCAAGAUUACUAACUAUGUUAAGAGUCUGGCCGUCGACCCACAGGGACAGGCAAGUAUAUUUGUCUUUUUUUGACUUCGAUCUUUAGAUAAAUUGCCUAUCAGAGAUGAUUAAAAUGGCGACCGGCCAAAAAGUCCAUUCCGCAAUCAGAGAGCCCUCUCAAUUGAUGGCAAUCGCUUGUCUGACCGAAGUCUUUAUUGAUAUUGCCCCAGGGUAUCAUAUCAGGCCAAUGACGGAAGAAGAAAAAAAUCAGACAAUGAAGAAGGAGACCAGGAAGCUGGUCAAUUUUGAAGAGAGAAUCGUCAAAAAUUAUUUGAACUUCCUGACGUACUUGGAGAAAAAUGCAAUGAGUAAGUGUUGGAGGGGAAUUUUUAGAAGCUUAAGGGGGUUUAUUAGGAAGUUUGACGUUUUUUAGUCAAAAUUGAUAUUAUUUUUGCUAAGUUUAUAUGUUAUUUUUAGUUUUUUUAUGCUUUUUGGAUUUUGAUUUUAGAAAAUAGAAUGAAUAAGGGCCCUUAAAGAAAUUUUUAAAGGUUUUUGGCUAAUUUAUUUUGAUUUGUGGGGUUUUUUGAUAUUAUUUCAGAUAAUAAUAUACCUUAUUUUAGAGCUGGUCAAACCAUCGGUAAACAUGAUCCACGAAAAGAGUUUCACCACGGAAAUUGGCCUCCUCAGCAUCAACUCCCUGGCGAAUUUGUUGGCCAAACUCUCCCAUUUUAAUUUCGCCAUCAAUCUCAUCGAUUGCAUGGUCAAGAUUGCGACCAGCGCCUAUAAACCGGUCGUGGAAAUUGCAACGAAAUCAAUCCAAGAAAUGUUCAAGGCGGACCCAAGCUUCAGAUUAUCACUCUUCGUGGUGAAAGCGGUCAAUCAACUGAUCGGAUCGAAGAAAUUCAAGAUCUCCUCGGAACUUUUGGACAGUUUAUUGGCGUUGAGGAUCAAGGUGGGUAAAAUAGGGUCGAAAUUUUGGGAAGUUGAAUUUUGUUUUUUGUGAUAUUUUUUUGAUUAGUGAGAGUAUUAUAUUGUAAUUGAUUCAGAACAUUGAUCGCCGCGACAAGGAAACUGAAAUGGAGAAUUUGAAAAACAAAAAACACAAGAUUCUGAAGGAACACAAGUCCAAGACUGCGAAAAAGUUUGAUAAGCAGAUGAAGAAGGUGGAAGCUGACCUCAAGGAGAUUGAAGCAUCCGAGUCGUUGUCUAAUAAACUCAAAACAGUAAGUUUUUUUUUUGAAUUUCAGUUGGGAUGAAAAUAAAAAAAAAAGUCAAAUUUUUUUUUGAUUUUUUUUGGCGUUUAUUGCAAAAAAUUGCAUUUUUAGCAACUAAAUUUUACUGUAGUACCCUUAAAAUGCAUUUAGAAUUUAUUUUCAGUCCACCGAAGUCAUGAAACACCUAUUUCUCCUCUAUUUCCGAGUCCUAAAACGAAUGCCCGAGCCCAGAUUAAUCAGCCCGGUACUGGCUGGAUUGUCCAAAUUCGCUCAUCUAAUCAAUAUUGACUUCUUUGAUGACUUAAUAACAACACUAGAGGACCUCAUUGGCAAGGAACAUCUCAGCACAAUGGAUUCUCUGAACUGCGUCAAAACAAUGUGUGUAAUUUUGUCGGCCGAAGGUCAAGCGCUGAACAUUGAUCCGAUCAAAUUCUACAAGGAAUUGUACAAAUUGAUGCCGAAUAUUGUCUUUCAGAAGAACUCCGGUACGUUUUGGGGUGGUUUGAGAAGGUCCCUGAGAAUCAGGGAAAUCGUGGUGGGGCUCUUAAAAGUGGAUAUAAAAUUGCUGAAAUUUGGAUUAUUUUAGUCGGAAGGGUCCUGGGAAAAUCAAUUUACAGGCAAUUUUUGAAUAUUCAAAGGGAUUUGUAUAGUUUGGGCAGUUUUCGUGGUGGUACCCGAAAUUUUUUAAAAGUCGUAGGUUAGGUCCAAAAUAGGAUAAAUUGAAAAAAAUAAAACACUGUGGCCGUUUUGGGGUUAGUCUAAGAAAGUUUAUUUUUAAUUUUUCACUUUUACGUUAAUUAAGAUAUGUUAUAUUGAUUAAGAUACCACGACUAAAACUUUUUAAUUUAAAAAUUUUUUUUUAAUUUUCAGAGAAGCAAGACUCGGAAAUCCGCCUCCUCUGUCAAUGCCUGGACUCGUUGAUCAACCGCCGAAAGAAGCAAGUCCCGUUUUCGAGAGUAGUCAGCUAUACGAAACGUCUUCUUCAACUUGGAUUCCUAAUGACCCCGAGGCAAUUGUUGUCGGUCCUCGCAACAAUACGAACCCAUUUUAUAGCCCAUCCGAAAUUGUGCACACUAGUGGAGGAGGAUGAGGAUUACUGGGCAAAUGGAUUGUACAGAGCCGACUUUCCGGACCCAGAUCACACGAAUGCGCAGAGCACGGACCUUGUAAUGGAACUCCAGAAGUUGUUAAAGGUGAGAAAGAGGUGAAAGGGCCCUGAGAGGAGUUUAAAGAGUAAAAAUAACCAUAUUUUUAGUACCCCAACAGCUACAUAGUCCAAUACGCAAAGCAUCUUCUACAACAAGCUCCGUCAAGCGGCCAAGAGAAAUUAAAUGGCCAAUGGUCCACAAUGAAGCCUUGGGAAUGGCUGAACAAAGAGGAAGUUAAACAGACCCCUCCUGCCUUCAAGGAAAGCCUGCAAACCUUCGCCAAGGCAAGUAUAAUAUAAUUUUUUUAAAUUUUUGUCCUUAUUUUUACAUUUUCAGAAAAAGAACAUCAAAUUAAGCUCCAAGAACGUUUGUUCCACUGUGGAAUUGUGGUUACAACAGAAAUAA